UUUUAGUUUGAUCUUUUAUCCAGUUUUGGUCUCUGUGUUCAGACUUUCUGCAGCAGGGCCUUCACAGCAGUACGGUUUGCUCAGACAAAAUGAGACUUUACACCGUCCUGUUCCUUGUUGCCGUCUCCUUGGCCGAGAGUGGGAGCAUUAAGUCCUUGGUGUUCCCCUCGGAGACGAGUACCAGUUAUGUGGAGAUGGUCCCUCUGAAGCCCCUGAACCUGGGGGCUUUCACUCUGUGCAUGCGCGUGGCUACAGAGCUCACCUGUGAACGCGAGAUCAUCCUGUUUGCGUACCGGACCCAAGACUAUGACGAGUUGAAUGUGUGGCGUGAGCUGAACGGCAGAUUGUCCUUUUAUCUGGCGGGAAAAGGGGUUUUAUUCCGAGUCCCUGAGAUCGGCGCCCUGCAGACCCACCUGUGUGUCACCUGGGAUUCCAGCUCAGGUGCGGCCGCUCUCUUCAUGGAUGGGAGGAAAAGCUUGACCAAAAUUUACAAGAAGGGUCACACAGUCCAACCCGGAGGCAAGGUUAUCAUCGGACAAGAUCCGGAUAGUUACUUGGGUUCAUUUGAUGCCAGCCAGAGUUUUGUUGGGGAGAUCGGUGAUAUUAAUAUGUGGGACUCCGUCCUCUCAGACCGCAUGAUCGAAGACAUGUUCUCUGGGAAGACAGUACCAACAGGAAAUGUUUUCGACUGGAAAACCACAGAGCUUAACAUUAACGGGGAGGUGGUGGUUGUUAAUACUCUGCAGUAGCUUUAAGGCUCACACACGACAUGCUGGAAUCAUUUCAGAAUUUCAAGUAAAGCAAUAUAAAGCUCUGCACAUCCACAUUACACCUGUAUGACAUACAAUAUAUGAAGAUGACUUGUUGAUCAAAAUGCAGCUGUGCUCUGAUGUAAUGAAGAGGUAAACUCAUUUCUUACACUCAGUCCAAUAAAAAACAUAUGAUGACAA